UAAUGAUGGGACUCGUUCCGACGGUCUGGCGCUGAUGAGUCAAAUCCGUGUUCUUACAUAUCAGCGCGCUAGCGUUACUCAGCUCCACGCGAGAGUUUACUUACUGGGUAGAAGUCGGUGAGAUGUUGAGUCCCAAGCUGCUGACGCUGGUGCUGGUGGUCCAGCCGGGCAAAGUGCUGCUGGGCAUGAAGAAGAGGGGGUUCGGGGCUAGCAGGUGGAACGGUUUUGGUGGCAAAGUCGAAGCUGGAGAAACAAUUGAAUGUGCUGCUAGGAGAGAAUUGCUUGAAGAGAGCGGCCUCACGGUCGAUGCUCUCGAGAAGAUCGGAAACAUCAAGUUCGAGUUUGUCGGAGAAACGCAGCUACUCGACGUCCACGUUUUCAGAGCGGACGCCUACAAUGGAGAACCAACAGAGUCGGAUGAAAUGAGGCCUCAGUGGUUUGAAUGUGACAAAAUCCCCUUCAGCCAAAUGUGGCCCGAUGACAUCCUGUGGUUCCCCUUGAUGCUCCAGAGGAAGAAAUUUGUGGGUUAUUUCAAGUUCCAGGGUCACGACACGAUUCUCAGCCACACGCUGAAAGAGGUGGAGGAGCUCUGAGAUUACCUGGGUGGUGCCGACGACGUGGGACCAAGCCAACCUUUCUGACAUUUAAUCCUGAAUGUUCUUGUUCCAGCUGUGGGAGGAAAUAGAUCUUGCACGUUUAAGAACCAUGUAACUGUACAUUGUCCAUACAGUCUGUGUCUUUAAG